UUGUACGGCCAUAAACGGAGCUCACAGGUGGUCUGUAAAGUCUGCCACGUCACCAGUCCGCAGCUUUCAGGGCAGCUUUUGUCACCAGUGGGAGUCAUCUGGAUAGAAAAAAGCGGCCGCGUCUUUUCGGAGCAGAGAAGAAACCCACUUCAGGCAGAAGAGAUGGCUCGCUCAGGGCAGCAGGGCGAGAUGACGGAGUACAAGAAGAUCCUGAUCAAGCGGGACAUGGAGAUGGGCGUGGUCAUGACGGUGUUCCGGCAAAAAGCCGAGCGGCUGACCGUGCAGGUCAUCAUGGAGACCAGGCAGGUGGCCUGGACACGCACCGCGGACAAGACCGACGGCGUCUUGGACCUGGCUGAGAUCAGGGAGGUUCGCGCAGGGAGAAACUCCAAAGACUUCGAGCGCUUUAAGGACGGGAAGGACAAACACGACGAGAACACCUGCUUCACCAUCUUCUACGGCUCACAGUUUGUCCUCAGCACGCUCAGCCUGGGAGCCGAUUCUGUGGAGGAGGCGCAGAAGUGGCUGAUAGGUCUCGACCUGAUGAGGGAGGAGACGUUGGCAGCUCCCACGCCGGUUCUCAUAGAGAGCUGGCUGAGGAAACAGAUGUAUUCUGUCAAUCAGACCAAAACAAACAGCAUCUCUCUGAAGGAGCUGAAGGCUCUGCUUCCGAUGCUCAACUACAAGGCCCCCAGCUCCCGAACCCUCAAAGACAAAAUACAGGAAGUGGGUGCAAAGAAAGACAGACUGGACUUUGAGCAAUUCCACAGGUUUUAUAACCUGAUAAUGUUUGAGCAGAAUGAGAUUCUCGAUGAGUUCAAAAGGGAAGCAUGUUCUUUUAUUCUUGGAAACACAGACAAACCGGAUGCCUCAGCUGUGCUGCUGCAUGAUUUCCAGCGAUUUCUCACUUUGGACCAAAAGGAAACCUGGGCGAGCGACCUGAGCAAGGUCAGAGAGCUGAUGACCACUUUUAUUGACGACACCAUGAGAAAAACCAACGACCCAGAGUUCACCGUCAGCGAGUUCCUCGGUUUCCUGUUUUCGAAGGAGAAUUCAGUUUGGGAUGAGAAGUACUCAGAGAUCAGCAACUUGGACAUGAAUAACCCUUUGUCCCAUUACUGGAUCAACUCCUCACACAACACCUACCUGACGGGGGAUCAGCUCCGCAGUGAGUCCUCCACAGAGGCCUACGUCCGCUGUCUCCGGCUGGGAUGUCGCUGUGUUGAACUGGACUGCUGGGAAGGCCCCGGGGAGCCCAUCAUCUACCACGGCUGGACCAGAACAACCAAGAUCAAGUUUGAGGAUGUCGUCAAAGCCAUAAACGAGCACGCUUUCGUCACCUCAGACUUCCCGGUGAUCCUGUCCAUAGAGGAGCACUGCCCCAUAGAGCAGCAGCGUCAGAUGGCUCGCAUCUUCAAAGAUGUGUUCGGAGACAAACUUCUGACGGACCCAGUGGAGCAAAUGGCCGAGCAGCUCCCUUCCCCCACACAGCUGAAGGGAAAGAUCAUCCUGAAGCACAAGAAGCUCAACGUGGAGGGUGGAGGGACCAGUAAAGACUUCAGGAAGGGCCAGAAGCAGGGGGAUCUGGAGAUCUGGGACCCUGUAGACCAGCGAUGGAACACGCACUACUGUGUGAUCUCUGAUGAUAAACUGUACUACGCAGAUGAGUAUGAAAACGAAGAAGAGGAUCCCAGGAAGUAUCAGGACCUCCACUGUGCAGAGCCGUGGUUUCACGGCCGGAUGAAGGAGGGCAGGCAAAUGGCGGAGAGGCUGAUCCACGACUACUGCACAGAGACGGGGGGGCGCGACGGCACCUUCUUGGUCCGGCAGAGUGACACAUACGUCACAGACUUCACCCUCUCUUUCUGGCGCAGUGGGAGAGUCCAGCACUGCCGGAUUCGCUCGUCCCCGGAGGGGAACCAAACCAGCUUCUUCCUCACCCCGAACCUGUCCUUUCCCAGCGUGUACCUUCUGAUCCAUCACUACAGAGAAAACCCGCUGCGCUGCCAGGACUUUGAGCUGCGCCUCACCGACGCCGUGCCCAAGCCCGACCCACACCUGCAGGAGGGGUGGUUCUACAGCAACCUGAGCAGAGGUCAAGCAGAGGACUACCUGCUGAGGAUUCCCAGAGAUGGAGCUUUCCUCAUCCGACAGAGAGAAGGAGAGCCGGACUCCUUCGCCAUCACGUUCAGAGGGGACGGUAAAGUAAAACACUGCCGAAUCCAGAAGGAGGGAAACAUGUACCUGCUGGGCACCACUACAGAGUUUGAGAGCCUGGUGGAGCUGGUCAAUUACUUCAAGAAGAAGCCACUGUAUCGGAAAAUCAAGCUACGCUACCCCGUCACCCCUGAGCUGGUCGAUCGCUUCAGCUCGGAGAAAAACUGUGCUUCCCUGUACGAGGUGAAGACCUACGUGGAGCCCAAUGAGAUCGAGCCCUCGCUGCCUCAGAAUACAGUUCGGGCUUUGUACGCCUACCAGGCGACGAGGCCGGAUGAGCUGAGCUUCAUUAAAGGGGCCUUGAUCCACAACGUGUCCAAAGAGAUCAGUGGAUGGUGGAAGGGUGACCACGGUGGAAGGAUACAGCUUUUCUUCCCCGCAAACUAUGUGGAGGAAGUGUCCAACGGCACCCAGCCAGACAUGAGAGCGAAGGAUUUGGAAGAUAAUCCGCUGGGAGAGCUAUGUAAGGGGAUCGUGGACAUAUCCAAGUGCAACAUUCAAAACUUACGGAGCGGGAAGAACGGGAAGCCCCAUGUGUUAGCCCUGCAGAACGCAGAGGAGGACAGCCUGCAGUUCGACCUGGCCACAGACACACUGGAGGAGCUGUUCGAAUGGUACCAAGUGGCCUGGGACAUCACCCAGAGAGCCAUGAGCCAGCAGUACAACAAGGAACAAGAGAUGAGGCAGCAGGAGGAAGUGGAGAAGAAGGCAGAGGUUGCCAUGGAGAUGUCGGACCUGGUGGUCUACUGUCAGCCACGCAGCAAAGAGAAGGACCGUUUUGAAAAUUACAGCUACAAGGAGAUCCGCUCCUUUGGGGAGAACAAGACACCAGGAAAGAGCCGCACCAAGGACUUCCUUCAGUACAACCGCAAAGCUCUGAGUCGUAUCUACCCAAAGGGCCAGCGUGUGGAGUCCUCGAACUACGACCCCUACCCCCUGUGGAUGGUCGGCUGCCACAUGGUGGCUCUCAACUUCCAGACUGCAGAUAAGUACACCCAGCUCAACAGCGCCCUCUUCAGUCUGAAUGGACGCACUGGCUACGUGCUCCAGCCGGAGCUCAUGCGCUCCGACGGCUACGAUCCCCAUCAGGAGAAGAAGACAGUCCAGUUCAACAUUAAAGUGAAGGUGAUCGCUGCCCGACACCUUCCCAAGCCUGGACGCAGCAUCGCCAGCCCCUUUGUGGAGAUCGAGCUGUGUGGGCUUUCGGAUGAGAAGUUCAAGACCAGCGUCUGUCGUGACAAUGGGCUGAACCCCGUGUGGAAAUCCCAGGCAGAGAUGGUGGAGUUCACCGUGCACGAGCCUGAAUUUACCUUCCUGCGCUUUGUGGUCAACGAGGAGGACAUGUUCUCAGAUCCCAACUUCCUUGCUCAGGCCACGUUUCCUGUCAAAGGCCUCCGCUCAGGUUAUCGCUCCGUUCCUCUGAAGAAUGGCUACAAUGAAACCUUGGAGCUGGCCUCUCUGCUGGUCUACAUCAACGUGCAGCCGGCGGGGAAACCGGAGGAGGACCUGUACUCGUCCUCCAGCCAGCUGAAGAAGAAGCAGAGCCAGCAGGGCGAGCCCUUCCUGUACGACACGCACAGCAACAUCCAGCGCUCCACUCUGCCGCGCCAGCAGAACAACCUCUCCAGGGACUCCAGCGAGAGGAGGAUGAAAGGGAAGAAAAUAAACAACAGCAAGUUCUACUCCUGAGGCCUCUUCUGUCCACCUGACCAUCACAGAAUGGAAAGGUUAAAGGUCGUCCAGCCAGAGUGAAAUUUCAAUCUAUUUAUUUAAGAUGAAAAAAAAACAUUUUUUUCGACUGUAAUAGUUUCACAGGUGUGGAAAUAUCAGAAAAAACUUUAGUCGGCCAGCGUCGUGCUCCUUGAGUCUGCAGUCGGUCUGUGAGUCAUGUGACACAGAUGGUAUUUAUUUUCAAGCAGAAACAUUGUUCACAUCCAGUAAUCAUUUUUGCUGCCUUGCAGAAGGCCUCAAUAGUGCAGAGGAGCUUGUGUUUGAAUCGUUUUUUGGUCGCGAUGUUGAAAAGUGUGUGAAGUGUGAUGGUACUGAAGGCAGUUUUUGCCAAUGUUUGAACAGUGUGACAUUAUUUUCCUUUACUAUGUUUUUUAAAUCCAGGUGAAGUCAGAUUCAUGAGAUUUAUCAAACGCAAUGAGAGUGUUUAUGAUAUUUAAAUAAAUAAAUAAUUCCUCUUGGACUUUAAUCUCAAGUGAGUCAAUAAAGAGUGCUUGAUGUCAAUUUCUUUUUUAUUUCUUAGGUUAAUAUCAGGUCCUGAACCAUUUGUAAUGGCAAGAUUUAGUCAGC